AUCCCUCCCACCCCACCACCACGCUCCCAUUAUUCUCCCCGUCGCUCCCUCUGUACACCCUCGCCGUCUCCUCUCUCUCUCUUCUCCUCUCUCUCUCUCGUCCUCUGCCUCGGCCGGGAAGGCGACGGGCAGCAGAAGGCGAGCCUCCCUCCCUCCCUCCACUCAUUCCGUUCCUCGCAGUCUGCUGACCCACCAAAGCCGGUGCCAUGGGGUCCCCUCCGCCGCUGCCGCCGCUGCUGCUGCGUUGGCUGCCCCUGGCUGCCCUCCUGGCGGUGUCUCUGCUGCCCCGGGUGCGGUGCCUCUCGCGGGGAGAGCUGCUGUCGUACGGCUCGGCCACGGGUGACGAGGUGCUGCCCGGGGGAGACGACAUCACCUCGUGGCCCGUCAACCUCGCCGUGCCCAUCCCCUUCUUUGAGACGACCGCAGAAGCGUUCCGGGUGAGCGUGAACGGCUUCGUGACCCCGCACGACGUGCCGGAGGAGGGCUCCUACGUGGACGGGCCGCUGCCCACGAAGUUCGGGGUCAUCGCCCCCUUCCUCGCCGACCUCGAGACCCAAGAGCUGAACGGGGGGCCGCCAGGCCACGCCGGGGGGAACGUCUUCUUCCGCGCGCUCGACGGGAGGAGCCGGGGGGACGACGACGACGCCGCCGGCGCCGCCGGUUCCGACCGCGCCGUCCUCGACGCCGCGGCCGCCCACGUGCGCCGCGCGUUCCCGGCGGCCGGAAAUUUCGCUCCGAUCGCCGGAUUCCUGGCCACGUGGGACCGGGUAGCGGUGCACGCCAACCCCGGGCAGGUGAACACCUUCCAAGCGGUGAUCGUGUCUGACGAGGAGGACACGUACGCCGUGUUCCUCUACCCCGAGGGGGGGCUCAGCGUGUCGGGCACGGCUCCGAAGGAGGCCCGCGGGGAUCGCUCUGAGGUGCCGGCCCGCGUGGGCUUCAGCCGGGGACCCAAGGUCGUCUUCAUCUUCAGCACCGAGGGCCCCUCCUACCACGUGACCCACGGCGGAGUGCCCGCUACCUCCAUGCCCCGGUGA